AUGGGUGUGUGGGCGUGGACGAAGUGUUCUGCUGCCGGUGCUGAGGCUCAGUAUGACAAUUACACUUUCAGUGGCUUUGAUGUGCGCAUGCAUAGCAGGAAUGGUGAGCUGUGUGCUGUGUGCCAUGUGGCCAAUGCGGUGCACACAUGUAGCAACUGUGCUGCCAGCUGUGCAACGGAAGAGGAAGGGGCCACCGUUGCCUUCACGACGAAUGUGACGACACAUAAAUACGCCGGCCCUUACGAAUUGUGGUGGCGACAAUUUUCCCCCGAUGGAACCAUCCAUCUGCCUGCACGGAGCGGCGAUGCUGACCGGACGGGCAUCUGUCAGUUGCCGCCACCCCGUGAAGGGAAGGAUGACACAAAAUCUGGCGAGACAACUGCGCCGCAAGUGAAUGCUGAGCCGUCACGUCAACACGAGGAUCGGCGACAGUCUGCGGCGGCUGACGGACCCAACACCGUCGAUCGGAGUCUCGCAUCCAACACGGCGACCAACACGUCCGAGACGAGGCCUGAGUUUGUCUUUGUUCGGAACAUAAAAGUGGCUCCAACACCACCCAAGAGGAAGCCCAGCAUUGCCAUGAGUCGGGACAUAGAAAUGGAUCCGAAUGCAUUCGUGACGAAGACUGCUCUCGCCACCGCGUUGAGGAAGGCAGUGGGCUCGAGGGAUGCCCGUAAGACUGAGGCCGUUGACGGCAGCGGCGAGCACGUUCCUGGGAAAAUCGCGGGAGGAAUGAAUGGUCAGAACGUCCCCGGAACACCAAAACGGCAUCAAUAA